AACAUAGUCACUUGGAGAAUGACCUUUCAAGGUUGAUAACUUGACCAAACCUGGUCUGAACUGCAUCCAAGUAUCCUGUUCUGUGUUCCUAAUGGGAUCUAUAAUAUUAAAACCAAUCGAUUAAGGAUUUUAUAGAUUUAAAUCGCAGCUUGACCCGAUCUUAUGUCCUGACGUUUUGGUGAAAUUAAGAUCAUAACCUAGGUAAAUUCAUAAACUCUUAAGAGCUUGUGAACUGCUAGCAAUUGUAACUACUUUGCUAAGAAGAGGGUUUAUCCUUGAUAUAUGAGAGGGCCAGGUUAUUUUUAAAGCUGCAGGAAUGGCCAGAUCUCGAGGAGGAGACUCUCUAGCUUUAGUCAAGGUCCAAACCUUACCAAUUCAUCCAAUUUGAACUCCUUGCCAAGUUCAUCCAAAUGAAAGUGAGAUAUAAGAAGUCUGCAACUUGAGCCUUACAACUACUACCCAAUCUAGAAAUCCCAACUACAGAUCUUAGCUGUACAACCUUUUUCUUUUGCAGUAUUUCCUUCAUUUUUCGUAUGAGGAACUGUCAUUGUUACGAAUGAAGAUCUCUUGUAUAUUAACAUGUGAUUGUUGUCAGUUAUCUAUGAAUUGGGAUUGAUUAUUGUGAUUCACCCCAGAUUCGGCUUCAACUUGAGACGCUGCUAGCAGAGAAGGCACGGUUGGCACAUGAGAAUUCAGUUUGUGCUCGCGAAAAUCGGUUCCUAAGGGAAGUAGUGGAAUAUCACCAACUUACAAUGCAGGAUGUAGUGUACUUGGACGAAGGAACUGAAGAAGUCACAGAAGUAUACCCUAUCAAGGUAGUGUCAAAUACCCCGUCCAACCCCAGUGCAGAGAUGUCCAAUUGUACAAGCCUUGUCGGGGAUCGAGAAAUGUUGGUGCACCCUGUGCCACCGCCUGGACUGGGCUAGGAGCUCCCAAUCCGCCAGAUUGGCGUGCCCCACUUCAUUAGGGUGUGGCUAUUGAUUCAGAGUAGCGACUACAACCCAUCAAUGUGAAUGGUAAAGUUCUCCCAUAUCUUUUGUUCUGGAGAAAUAUCUUUGUAUACAGUUUAUACCUAAUUGCCAAAGUUGGUCAGUUUGUUACUGGUAUAUAUAAACUAUCUUUACGUGCUUUUGUAAAUUUAUCAACAGCAGGGAACUGUUUUUAUGAUUCUUCUGCCUGCUCUGCCCUGAGUUACUACUGUAAUUUACUAAAUUGGGUGUUGCCCUCCAUAAAUUCCGACUUAGCCUGGGAUAGUGGGAUAAGUUGGGACCUAGCUAGUUAUGUAUUUGUAACUGUAAGGUUGUCAACUUUGUUUAGUCUGUUGGUCUGGUUGAGCAAGUGGGUUGAGGAUUAAUGGUAUUUUAAUCCCAUUUAGUCAAGAUAGUUAAGAUAUAUGAAAAAGUAAUUAUAUUGUUUAUUACAUUUAUAAAUUAUUUCAGUGCAUAGGAGGAUAUGGGAUAUCUAUUCUUUGUCUUGUAGUGAUCUUGGGACAUUGGAUGUUAACGAAGGUGAGGGCCUCUCUCGCUAGGGCAGUUAAGUUUGUGCUAAAUGACUAAACAAACUUAUCUCGUUUCGAGUCUUCUCUUAUUGAUAACAGAGCGACAGCACGACAGAUAGACUAAACAUUAUACACAAAUAAUAUGGCGUACUUUGAUCAACAUAUAUAAACAAUUUACACACUUAUAUAAGAUCAAUUUUCAAAUGUUGUACUUACAAUUUUAAAAAUAAGUUUAGGCAAAGAGAAAAUUUGAAAAAUAGGACAAACCAAAUGAAAAAAAUGACACUGUGUGACUUCCAAAUGUUUUUGGAUUUUUUUAAUCGUAAAUAAAUUUUUUUUUUGUUUAAUUGAUUUUGUUGAUGUGAUUAACAUGUUGGAUCCUAUGUAUAAUUUACCGUUAGCCACCUUUGUAAAUUAAACCGUAAUAUUGACGGAUGGCUAUAAUUGUCAAGUAUACAAUAAGUGUUUGCGAUUUCUGCCCAUAACUUAAAAGGUUUUUCUAUUUUGAGCAUUAACCAAUAUAAAUAUGUUGUAUGAAAAUGCAAUGUGGGUUGAUGUGAUAGUCCAUUACACCAAAAUACAUUAACAGAAUGUUUGGUACCAAAUGAAUCCAGAGUUCAUUUCACAAUAAAAUGAAUUAUCGUGUAGAAUUCAUUGUCAAAUGAAAUCUUGUGUUUGGUAUGUCAUAUUCAAAUCUUUAGAAAUAAAAUGAAUUGUCGUGUAGAAUUCAUUGUCAAAUGAAUUCAUGUGUUUGGUACGUCUUAUAUAUGGGAUUAGAUACUAUGACAACACUCCUUGUGUUGUUAUUAUAACAACACUAGUCUCCAACCAAUAGGAAGCUAGGGUUGUGAUGACUUUUUAUUAGAUGAGUUGACCUAGUGUAAAAUCAAAGCAAGGGUAUAAUUGUCAUUAUGAAAAAUAUGUUUAAAUAAUAAUAAAUAAUAAAAUAAUAAUAACUAUUUUUUUAUUUUCGGCCCAAAAUUUUGGUCGCCGAAAUUCUGCCACCGGUCGCCGGAAAAUGGUCGUCGGUCACCGAAAUAUGCUUUUUGUCGCCGGAAUAUGCUAUUUUGUCAUCGGAAUAUGCCACAGUCGCCGGAAUAUGCUCAUCGCGGUCGGAAUAUGCUUACCGGCGUUGGAAUCUAGUCAUCGGGGCCGGAAUAUGCCUAUCGGCGUCGGAAUCUGCUGACUGACGGUCACCGGUCAACGACCACCGGAUGUAUGGUCUACAUUGUGAGAUUUAUGGUUUGGUUUCUCAUAUUUUCGUAUGCCUUUUGUGGUUUGCUUUAUCGUGUUUGUAGUUUGCAUUGAGAAGUUUAUGGUCUACUUUAUCGUGUUUGUGGUUUGCAUUGAGAAGUUUCUGGUUUGCUUUCAAAAAGUUUGUGAUUUGCAUUGAGGGGUUUCUGGUUUGUUUUAAUAUAUUUGUGGUCUGCAUCAGGACGUUUCUGGUUUGUCUUUGUGGUUUGCUUUACUGUGUUUGUGGUUUGCAUUAUGAGGUUUCUGGUAUGCUUUCGCAAAUGUUGUGGUUUGCUUUGUGAGGUUUGUGGUUUGUUUUAGGAGAUUUGUGGUAUGCAUUAGGAGGUUUCUGGUUUGUUUUAUUGUGUUUCUGGUUUGCAUUAAGAAGUUUAUGGUGUGCUUUCGGAAAUUUUAUGGUUUGCUUUGAGGAGUUUCUGGUUUGUUUUAAUAUAUUUGUGGUAUGCAUUAGGACGUUUCUGGUUUGCUUUGAGGAGUUUCUGGUUUGUUUUAAUAUAUUUGUGGUCUGCAUUAGGACAUUUCUGGUUUGCUUUAUGUGGUUUGCUUUACCGUAUUUUUGGUUUGCAUUAGAGGAUUUCUGGUGUGCUUAUGAAAUAUUUAUGGUAUGCUUUGUGAGAUUUUUGGUAUCGUUUAAAACACUUGUGCUUUGCUUUAGAAGGUUUUUGGUAUGUUUUUUGUGGGUUGCUUUACCGUAUUUGUGGUUUGCAUUAAGAGAUUUCUGGUGUGCUUAUAAAAUACUUGUGGUCUGCAUACCAAUAACUCCCAACUCCUAACUGCAUAUAAAAAACGCAUAGCUGCAUACAAGGUUCAAAAAAGUGCUAGACGUAAGGCGAGCGGUGUGCUCUUGACUAGCGCCUAGCCCGCUUAAGCGUUGCACGCCUAGGCGUUCAAAACAAAAAUUAAAAAUUUUUUCACAAUUUUGAAUUUUCUGGAAUGAAACUUCAUAUGAUCACAAAUAGCAACAACUAAUUAGUUAUUACCAUUCACCAAACACAACUAUAUUUAUAAUACAUGUAUAACCGAGCGAAACAAAACAUAAUUUUUUUAGGAAAUCAAGAUUAAUUGCAUACUAAUGAUGAUGUUAUUCCUAAAUGCUAAUAAAUUAGGCACUUUCAUUUCAUUCCAAUCUAAUAUGUGGCUUACUAUCUAACGACCAUGUAGCAUUUUUUGGUUAGGUGUCAAACCUAUUUAACAUGUGGAUGCAUUUGAAGCAUAGAGACAUUAGAAUUUAGAAACACUUAAACAUAAACCCGUAACCCACCCGACCCGCAACCCGAUUGACCCGCAACCCGACUAACCUGCAACCCGACUGACCCGCAACCCGAUUAAUCCGCAACCCGAUUGACCUGCAACCCGACUGACCCGCAACCCGACUGACCCGCAACCCGAUUAACCCAAACCCGAUUGACCCGAACCCGACUAACCCGUAACCCGACCGACUCAACCCGAACCUCACUUAGUCCACUUAAAUAAUUAUUAUAAUAUACAAUACAUAGUUUUUCAAAAUAAAGUUUUUCAUUCUAAACUUAGGUAAAAUUAUUUUUUCAUUUCGUAUAGGGAAUUUAAUAAAUAUGAAACUCACUUGAUAUUAUGUAUUUUAAGAAAAUUAAAAAAUUUGAAACAUGAAGGUCACUUGAACACUAAGUUCUUUAACAAAAUUAAAAAAGUAAAUAUAAAAUCAACAUAAUAUCAAUAUUAAUAAUAAAGAAUUAAUAAUUGAGAUCAUGGACAAUAUUAAUAUAAUAUAUAAAUUAAAAUUUUUGUUAAUUCAACUAUUCAAUAAAAUUAUCAAUUAAAUAUAAAUAAAAUAAAGUAAUGUAUUUGGCAAUUUGAUGUUUUUAAAAGAAGAAGAAAAUUUUGGUGUAUUCAACUUUUUGGGAAGAGAAAGAAGAGGGAAAUUUGGUUCUUUGAAUUUUUUAGAAAAGAAACAAGGGAAAUUUUGGUGGUUUUGAUUUGUGGGAAUAGAAAGAAGUGGGAAAGUUUUGUUCUUUUGAUUAUGAAAGAGAAAUAAGGAGGGAAAUUUUGAGUUUUCAACUUUUUGUGGAAGGAAGGAAGAGGGAAAUUUGGUUCUUUCAAUUUGAUGGAAGAGAAAGAGAAGGGAAAUUGAGUGUUUCUAAUUUAUGGAAGGAGAAAGAAAGAGAUAAAUUUUAGUAUUUUUUUUUUUGUGAAAAGAAAGAAUGAAACAAAUUUGGUGUUUUCAACUUUUUGGUUUUUCAAAAUUUUAGCCUUUGAAAUAUGAAUCUUUAAUUUUUAUAUGGAGGACAUGACUAGUUAAAUUUAUUCUUAUAUGCUUUGAAGGCUAAUAUAUAUAUAUGUAUGUAUGUAUGUAUGUAAUUGUUUAUGGGCUAAUAAAUAAAUUAACCAUUAGUUACAACAAUUAUACUAAACUUGAUAAGUAAUCUUUGACUGUUCGUUGUUUAGGGAAUAAAGUAUAUUGGUUAGGGUAAAUGGUAUAAGGUACAUAUGGUUUAGGAAGUAUAUGGUUAGGGUAUAAGAUAUUGAUGGUUUUGAGGGUUCUAAGUUUUUUAUUAACAUAUAUUCACUUGAAGUCAUUUGAUGUCUUUAACGGCAGGAGAUCCCUUUUUAAUUUAUGUUUGUGGUAUGUGGUUAGGGGACAAGGUAUAUGAUGUAGAGUAUAAGAUAUAUGGUUAGAGUAUAGCAAUUAGCAAAUAUCACUUUUUAUCUAUAUUUUGAAAAUCAAAGUAUGAAUUUCAGUUUUAAGUUAACUAUACUAGCAAAAUCACAACUCAUAAGGACAUAUGGUUAGGGUACAAGGGUAUGUGGUUAGUGUAUAAUGUAUUGAUGGUUUAGGGUAUACAAUCAACAACAUAUACUACCUUAAUAUUGUCGAUUGAGGGUAAGGCUAAGUGUAUAGGAUAUAUGUUAUUGAGUAAGUUAUGAUUGAAGUCCCAAUAAUUUUACUAGAUCUGAUAGUUAAUCUUUAAUGGUUCAAUUUUCAGGAUAAUUCGAACAAUUUUAGAAAUAACUCGUUUGACAACAAUUUACUGAAGUUAUUUGGGCAAUGAGUUAUUUCGAAAUAACUUCUUUUAUCACUUUGUUUUUUUCUAAUACCACAUUUGCAUGGUUAUACUAAAUGAGAUACUUUAAUACAAUUACACUACUGAAAUAAUACUAAAAUAUCAAAUUAAUAAUUAAUGGUAUCUUUUGGUUGUAAAUAUUGAUAUCACCAUUAUUAUUAGCCAGUGUACUUUACCAAUUACGAUUAAUUACAUAACAAGUUUGCAAGUCAUAAAAAUUGAUUUAACAUUUUGAAUCAUUUUUUUUCAAAAAAUUAAGUAUAUAUAUACGAGGUAGAAAUAAAUUGGUUAAAAUAAAUAUAUUGUUUCAAAUAAAGGUUUUCAUUCUUAACCUAAGUAAAAUCAUUCACAUUUAGUUAAGAAAGUUCAAAAUCUGAAAUUCAAUUAUGGUUUUUAAUUACGAAAAUUAUGACAUGAAUUUUUUUAACCAAAUUACAAAAAAAGGUAAAUAUAAAAUCAACACAAUGCUAAUAUUUAUUAUAAAUAAUAACUAAGACAUUUUGUCUAUAAUAAUAAACUUUAUUAUUGGAGAAGAUGACAGGGUAAGAACUAAGAAGUAAUUUUGGGCGGGUGUAAUGAAAUUUUGGUUUUGGGCGGGUGUGAUGAAAUUUUGGGCGCCCAUUUUUUUGCAAGCAGAGGGAAGGGUUUUGUGUUUUUGGUGUAAUUGUAGUGGGCGGGUGAUGAUGAAAUUUUGGGCGGCCCAAUUUUAGUUGUGGUGGGAAGGCGAGAUUUCAAAUUUCGAUUGUGGUGAUUUUGACUAGUUUUUAUUAAUUAUGUAUAUAUACAAGGUAGAAAGAAAUUGAUUAAAAACUGUGAAAUAUAUUUUAAAUUAGUGUAAUAAAAUGUGUAAGUUGGUAACGAGUAAGUAACUCGAUGCGUUGACCCGAACAACCCUCAACCCAAUCCUCCCGCAACCCGCCCGGUCCGAAACCCGAUGAACCCAAACCCGAUUUGCCCGUAACCCGAUUGAACCCGAACCCGAUCAACCCGCAACCUGACUAACCCGCAACCCGAUUAAACCCAAACUCGAUUGAACCCGAACCGACGAACCCGCAACCCGAUGAACCCGCAAUCCGACUAACCCGCAACCCGAUUGAACCCAGCCUGAACCCGCCCGAACCCGCCGGAUUGACACCUAUAACUGCCACUACCUUUUGCCUUUCUAAUUGUCCAGCCGCAAACAAAUAACCCAGCCACCAAGCCCUAAUUCUCUGCAUCCCGUUAAACAUCACCAUGGCAGCAACAAACCGAAGUCCAAAACAGAGCAACCAUUAUGGUGAUUUACAUUUACAAACAAAUAUGGCCCCUGUAGUUCUGUGGUGAUUUACAGUAACAAAUAAAUAUGGCUCAUGAAGGUAGGUAGGUACGUGAAUGAAUGCUGAGCAGAGAAGACUGCAGCAGAGUGUUGAACUUGUUCAGUUCUUCUUCCCCACAUCGUUCACCAUUGAUGUUUUCUUUCCUCUGUAAUUGCUCCGAAUUCCCACGUCUGGCUUUGUUCUCGUUUAAACCCUAGCACCAUGGUAGCUAGGUUCACUAGUUUCUCAUUAUCCGUCAAUCUCAAUUCCGUCGAACACUCUCUCGAACCGCAACUUCUCGUUCUUGUUUUCUACUUGGGACAUGCCCUAUCCGUGGAAGUAGAAGGAAGCUCUUCGCGGAAGCUCCGGCCAAGAAGAGCAGGAAGCCACCGCGACCACAGGACCCUCAAAACAACCGUAGUCGAAGAGGUGUCGUCAGCCGACAACGACGACUGGGAAGAAGAUCGGCUGCUCUUUGACGAUUAUGAUCUCGACGAAAGUAACUUAUCACUGGUUCUCUCUUCGCGAGUGGCGGCGGAGAUGGAUUAAAAAAUUUAUUAUGUUAAAUUACCCUAUUACCCUUAAUGAAUGAUGUUGUUAUAG